UUACUGUAUAUGUGACAUUUUUUUGUACCCCAGAUCAUUGGUGCAAAUAUUUUUUGCAUUUUCAAUUUGUCACAUAAUUGGGGUUUAAUACUCAGACCUUGUAAUGCCAAUUUAGUCUAUUGGUGCAACCUGAACUCUACGAUAUGUAAUAAAUGAAAAAAAAAAUUGUACUGAUGAACUGUACUACAAAAAAUACAUCGUUCAUGGAAAUAUGGAAUGUUUUAUUUUGUUGUGCUUUUCAAAUAAUUUUUUAUCUAGUGGUGUGAUUUCAUAUGUGCAAUUUCAACUUAACAUUAAUUUCUUCGAUUUUCAAACGAAUAAUAAUGUUAAAAAUAAUAAAAUAUUAUUUAAGACAAAAUUAAUCAUCUGUAUUAUUAACUACGCAUGAUAUAUUAGAUAUUAUUAUUCAUUAAUACUAAAAUAAAAAAUGUAUAUAUAUUUCUAGCUUAGUCAUGUAAGUAUCUUAUAUUCAUUCAUGAUGGAUAACGAAGAAACUUCCGAGAAACCGAAAAAACGAAAGAUUUGCUAAGUCAAAAUCCAACAUCAGGAAAAAGAUCAAGUGAAUGUCCGCUGUCUCAGGAACCAGUACCCUAUGCUGAAGAUGUUGUGGAACCAAUAUCUCACAGACACUCACAGUAUUCAGAUUCUGAAAAUCUAGACAGUAACGAAGAAGAUCAAUGUUCAGAGAAGCGUUCAUCAACAGGAACUGAUACUAGACGUAGUCAUCACACGGAAGAUAACUAUUCGGACAGUGAUUCUUCUGAACUUUUUGACGAUUGGGUUGAUGAGGAUCAAUACGCCGAUUUAAAUCAUACUAUUACGUUUGAAACAGCUGGUGUCUCUGUAUCAGAUGUGCUAACGGUGAUAAAUGGUUUUAGUCUUCGACAUAGUUUAUCACAUUCUGCAAAGUUAGAUCUACUCAAUCUCAUUAAAACGUUGUCUGGACCGCGAUUCGAAGAUUGGGACAUUAGUAGCUACAAAAUAUCACAAGGGCUUACUCCCCCAGAUGAGUCGAUUGUGACAAUGGUUUUUUAUUGUACCGAAUGUCGUAAGGCUUUAGGGAAGCCUGUACUAAGAUCAGCCUUUCGGAAUGAAACUCGAUGUUGUGACGAUUGCAAAGCACAACAUAAUUUGUCACCAGAAUCACCAAAUUAUUAUCUUUGUAUCGACAUCGCGUAUCAAAUAAAAAUGCUGUUGCAAGAUCAGGAUAGUCUAUCUAGACUUUUGGAAAAUAUCAAUACUAUCGAAAAUCGUAACACUACCGAAGAUUUGUCGAUAUGGGACAUUCACGAUGGAGAACUAUACUGGAAUAUUUCCAAAGAAUACGGGCGGCGAAGGAAGUUACUAACUUUAAGUGUCAGUACAGAUGGUGGAGUUUUAUUUCACAAUUCAAAACUUGGCUUCUGGCCCCUGCAAAUAACAAUAAAUGAAUUGCCUGUUGAUUUGAGAUUUAAAAAUGUCAUGAUAGCUGCCCUAUGGACUACGGAAACGGAACCGAAAUCCGACUUUAUGAAUCUCUACAUGUCAAAAUUUCUCAAGAAUUUAAUGCGCGCUAGAGUUACUGUCUACAGCAAUAUAGAUCAAUUGCUGAUUGAGUUUAAGUUUUUGGUACUCUUGGUUUCCACUGACUCUGUAGCUCGACCUAUAGUGCAGAAUCGAAUGCAGUUCAAUGCAUUUCAAGGAUGCAGCUGGUGUUACAUACAUGGACGUCAUAUUGGUGGGUCUAUGAGAUAUCCAAUGAUGGAAAUAGACCGUGAAUUAAGAUCACAUGAGAGUCAUCACGUAGAUGUAAAAGAUGCAAAACAAACGAAAAAACCUAUUAGAUGAGUUAAGGGUGAAUCCAUCUUUAUGGACAUGCCAUUCUUUGAUUGUGUUUGGAAAUAUGGCUACGAUUACUUGCAUGGGAUACUUCUGGGAGUUACGCGGCAGAUGUGGAAUAUUUGGACUA